AUGUCAUCCUCGGACAGUCCAAAAGUGACAGAAAGGAAAGUCGACAAAGACCAUGAUGGAGACAAUGAUGACGAAAAGGGAGGUUUCUUUGACAAGGUUAAGGAUUUCAUCCAAGAUGUUGGUGAAAAGAUCGAAGAAGUGGUAGGCUUCGGAAAGCCUACUGCUGAUGUUACUGGAAUUCACAUACCCCACGUCAGCCUGGAAAAGAUAGAGCUUAUUGUUGAUGUUUUAAUUGCGAACCCGAACCCUGUCCCCAUCCCUCUUGUCGACAUUGAAUACUUGAUUGAAAGUGAAGAAAGAAAGCUCGUGUCUGGAACAAUUCCUGAUGCUGGGACCAUACAUGCUCAUGGUUCAGAGACUGUUAAAAUUCCCUUUUUACUCAUUUAUGAUGACAUCAGGAGCACAUACAAGGAAAUCAAGCCUGGAAGCAUCAUUCCUUACAAAGUCAAAGUAGUUCUUCACAUAGAUAUCCCUGUUAUUGGAAGGAUUUCUAUACCAUUAGAUAAAAAUGGCGAGAUUCCAGUGCCAUACAAGCCAGAUGUUAACAUUGAUAAGAUCAAGUUUGAACAGUUCUCUUUUGAAGAAUCAACUGCAACCCUCCAUUUGAAUCUGGACAACAAAAACGAUUUUGACUUGGGUCUGAAUGCAAUGGAUUAUGAAGUGUGGCUCGCUGACGUGAGCAUUGCUUCUGCUGAGCUCAAAGAAUCUACAAAUAUUAAGAAACAGGAAAUAACAACUAUGAACUUACCAAUCAGCUUCAGGCCUAAGGAUUUCGGAUCAGCUAUGUGGGAUAUGAUUAGGGGAAAGGGCACCGGUUACACCAUAAAGGGACACAUUGAUGUCAAUACUCCUUUUGGACACAUGAAAAUACCAAUAAGCAAAGAGGGAGGAACAACUCGUCUUAAGAAGGGAGAUGACGAUGACGACGAUGACAAGGUAUCUGUUAUCUCACAUUUUGGUAUUCCAGCUAAUUAUCGCUCAUCAUUAGCAUGCUGA